UGUAUUACAGUGGGAGGAGACGGUUUCGGGGUUGACUGUGGUUAGUUGCGUGCGUCACGUAGUGAAUUGAAGACCAAGGACAUGGUCUGAAUGGCUGGCUUUAGUCACUGGAGGAAGCUCCCAUGCACCGAACGCCAGGCAUGGCUGGGAAGCCUUUUCGGGCUACGUAUAUCUGGACAAGCAUCAUUUCCAAUCUCCAUACUCACGUGGAAGUCAAGCGGCGGCGCCACAACCUGAAGUCCUACCAUGACUGCUUCCUGGGCUCGGAGGCUGUGGAUGUUGUGUUGGCGCACAUCACCCUGAACCGUUUCUUUGGUGAUGAGGCGGUGCCCCGCUACAAGGCUGUCCGUCUCUGUCAGGCCCUGAUGGAAUCAAGGGUAUUUGAGCCUGUGGGCAUUAAGGUGUUUGGGAAGGAAAAGAAGAGAGCCACAUUUGAGGACAGUAGUUGCAGUUUAUACAGGUUCCUGAGUCCAGAGAGCAGCUCCACAGCAGCACUGACCAACUCCCACUCCACUAGUACCAUCGAGAGCGGCUAUGACUCCCCAAGCAUGAACAGGAACAAGAACGGCUUCAGUCCGUCACAUAAAAGGCGAGAGGUGCUGAGCUACUCCACCCACUCCCCUGCAAAAAGCGACAAAUCACUGGAGGACGUACUGGGAAACCUCAACCUCAGCUCGACCAUCACCCCUCAGAUGAUAAACCUCGGCCUCUCACAGCAGCUUGUGGAUGAAGUGUGGCACCAGCAGGCGGUGGUCAGGCUGCUGCAGUUGAUAGAGCUCCCUCUGUUGGAGAACCUGUUGGAGGGGAGGGACGCAUCACGACCUUCUCUGCAUGGCAUGGACAGCGACCCCGACCUGUUGUACACAUCAAGCUACCUCGACAGAGAGGUUCUGAAGGCGUUCAGUGAAGCACAGGCGGAUGAGUGGAUGUCAGGGGCGGUGGACUGUCUGGAGUUCCUGCCUGAUGAGCUGGUGGUGGAGGUCAGUCGAGGUCUGGCUGGUUGUGCAGACGACCUGCCUCAGUGUAAGAAGAUGCUCUACCAGGUCCUGACUCAGCAUUACGGUGACACACAGCAGCCGCCUCUGCUCAGCAACCACGUUUUCGAUAUCCACUCCGGCAUCUCCGAACUACUUGUGAACGGGAAGACGGAGCUCGCUCUGGAGGCGCUGCAGCUGAGCCUGAAGCUGCAGGGCUCUCGCAGCAGGGAGGAGCUUCGGAGGCUCCUGAGGUUCAUGGCCAUUGCAGCCAAACGGCAGGAAGUCAAGCUGCACAAAGAGAUCGAGAACAGGAUGGCGGUGAAAAGGUCUUUCUCCAGUGCCAUCGUCUACAGCAGGAGACUCUCCAAAGGAAAGGUAGACUUGAUGGUUCUGUUUAUGAUGGACAACCACUGUGAUCUGUUCAAGAUUCCUGUCUCAUUGCACAAGAUGGUUAGUGACAGAGUAAUGAAUAUUGUGAAGGGGAAGGAUCCGGAUAUGAUGACAGGAUCAACAUACUGCACAAGGUUAAGUGCUAAGGACUAUUCAGAUAAUGCAGAAAAAACCACUAAAGAAGAGCUUUUGUCUUUAUUGCGGACAGUCCACGAGAAUCCGAAACUCUCCUCCAAAGAGAAGAGACGGCUACUGGGACAGUUUUACAAAGGUCACCCGGAGAUUUUCAUUCAAUACUUUGGAAAUAGAUUGUCAAGUGUCAACAUGUUGCUACGGUAAUAUUUAUCAGUUUGAAUAAAAAUCAUGUGUUAGAAUGUAAAACGAGGUAGAUGUAAAAGUCAAUGUGAUGCAAAUGAUGUGGAUUUUUUUCCUUGUCUGUAAAUAGUUGACUACUGAACAAGAAUGUGAAUUUUAACCGUUGAGACUGUUAAUAAGCUGCAAUAUUUAAGGACAUAUUUACUUUAUUUGGUGCAGGACACUAACAUGCGAUGUCCUUGUUGGUUUUGUAUGAGACUGUUGCUUUCCCCAAAAUUAAAAUAUGAACCAAGAAUUCCUGAGAGAUUUUUCUUUUUAUGCUUUCACAUCACACAUUGUGAUGACAAUAUAUGUCUAAAGCAAGUAAUGAUGAAUCUGUACAUCGCUUAUCAAUGGAUAUACUGUUUGUGAUUGUGCAAUAGGAACAGUGUUAGCUAUAAAAAUGUGUCAUUUCAUGUGGUUUCUCUUAUACAAUGUGAUGUACAGUACAGCUAUGUGUGAGGAACCUUCAAACGGAAAUAUGAAACUGGAAAUUUGAAAGUCUGAUGUUGCGCUGCAGUAAACAGUACGAGUUAUUCAUGAGAUUCAGCCCUCUGGCUUGUUGUGUUUGUUGCAACAAAUCAAAAAAACAGAUGUUGUACUUUUUUUGUUGUUGUUUUUUCAACUGAAAACCUUUGCCACGUUUUAGUGGCAUCUUCAGGCUUUUGUUUUAAAUACGGUUUAUGUAAUCCUUCUAAUCAGAUGAGGAAAUUGCUUCCAAAUUUCCACAUGCAAGAAGAAUUCCUAGACUGAGUUAAAAACCACAAACAUCUUGUUUGUAUUUUUGCAGGUCUAUAAUAAAAUUCAACUGGAACUGUUUAGUGUGCAAGCAUUUACAUGGCACUGUUUGAAUAGAAGACACAAUGUCUAUUCUGACAUAAAGAGACCAAAUAAUACCUGUUAUGUUGACCAAUAUAUCCACAUAAAUUUGACAAAACUUGCAGUGCUUGGCCAGUGCUUGAUUCACCCAAAUAAAGUGGCAUAAUUGUGA